AAUACUCGUUUCUUGUGUAUGUGCGUUUAUUAAGAGAGAAAGGUCGUGUGAAAGAGUAUCAUACUGCGUCUCUUAACCUUCUAGUAGUUAGUUGCUGUUCCUCAACAGCCUGCUAGAGUGUCAUGAGCUUUCCUGCUCUCGCUAUCCCGGACGCUACCACUGCUAGGCUCAAAACUAAAAGUAUUGCAAUGGCUGAAUCUAAUCACAGUGGUAGUACUAGUAGUAGUAAUAAUGAUGCUUCGGUAAAGAGGCUAGAAAGACCGAGUACUGGAGGAAAGGAGCGGAAACUCUCGUCCUCACAGCUUGAACUUAAUCGAUGUCUUGAGACAGAAAAUAUCGACAGUGAACCUCUUUUAAAACAAUACUCAUGUGCUUGGCAUAGAGAUGGUAGUCUACUCAUUCAGGGUCAUUUGUACAUCACAGCCAAUUACGUCUGCUUCUAUUCCAGCAUACUGGGCUGGGAGACAAAGCUGGUUAUUAAAUGUCGCGAGGUGAUACAGAUUUUCAAACAGAAGACGGCUCUCAUCAUUCCGAAUGCUAUUUCCAUCACGACUCUACAACAUGAAUUUUUCUUCACAUCAUUUAUUCAUCGCAAUAGUGCUUUUAGAGUACUACAGUGCACAUGGAAGAGCAGCAUGAACGGAAUUAACCUCACAAAGCCUGACCUAAUAAGAAUGAUACAGUCGAAGAAAGAAGGAGGCGAGAAUGGGAGCCUAAGAGGAGAUGGAAGCGCUAAUAAUCUCAUCCUUACAACGACUGAUAACGAAGAGGACCUAUUAUCCACUGGUGGCAGCAAUGAAGACAUAAGCAGAGGAACUGGUAGCACAAGCAUGAUUUCCGAUCCUGAUCAAACCGAUAACUCAUCUAUCAAGCUUCGGGUCGGAAACACUCGUCUCGAAUCGACGAGCGAUGACACUGAAACUGAUUCGUGCUUGAACACUCAAUCCGUGACUAGCACUGGAAGUACUACCUUUACCACAGAUGGACUAGAGGAGGCUGGGAGUUUGAAGAGAUCUCUGUCUCUCAUGAGAUUAAACUCAGAGGAAUUCGGUGUCCUGGAAGAGGUUGAUGGUGCGGCUACACCCAAUAAAGAUAGUAAAAGUGAAGGAUCUCCCGAUGCUUCUGUUGGCAGGGACAAUUUGAGCCAGCUGGUACAGAUAGGAGGAUACGGAGUCUCUUACUCUCAAUUAAUCAAUACUUUGAUCAUUGUGCUGAUCACUGUUCUAGUUUUCUCAAUGUUAAUAUUAUUAUGUAAACUAUCUCAGCUCGAUCCUAACCUCAAGGCGUGGUUGUCGUGGCAGCCGUGGUGUCAGGUCAUCUGCAGCUAGUGUUGUCGAAAUUGGUCACUGCCAAUUUAAAAAGAAAAUUUAUAUAGACUAUUUGUCCCUUCUCCACCUCCCUCUCCCUCUCCCUUUAUGUAUUGUGCUUCAAAUUAUGCAUUUCUCAUUUUUGUACCAUUAAACAGACUGGCUCUACAUUGUAUAUUACUGAAAUUUUAAUAGAACAACAAUCUGUACAAC